CAUACUUUAUUAAAACAUUCAGAAAUAAACACUACAUAAAACCAAACACAUGUCACAUUGCAAUGUGUUUAGGAGAUAUUAAAAUAAAGAAAAAAACAAAGGAAAAGGAGAAGAAAAAACUUUAGCUUUCCUGUGACUCAGUGGUUAGAGCAUGACACUAGCAAUGCCAAGGUCAUGGGUUCGAUCCCAUGAGAUUGCACAUAGUCAGAAACAAAAGUAUAAUACAAUGCAAUGUAAGUCGCUUUGGAUAAAAGCAUGAAUGUAAAUGUAAAUGAACAAUUAUUGAGUAUGAAAAAGAGAGAAUUUAACAUUUAAAGAAUUUAUACAAAUAAAUCCUGUGUAAGAAAAAAGACUUAGCACUUGAAGACUCAAGAAUAUUUCAAAUAAGAUAAUACCUCAAAUAAAUAACACUUCUCAGAAUAGGAUUCAUUCUUGUAUAAUCGUGUGUAGUCUGUCCACUCAUUUGUCAAUUACACCAGUCGGGUUGGAAAUGGGACAAGAAACAAAAAUAUAACCUAAGCAAAAAUCUGUUAGUUAACAUGUUUGUACUUGAACUGGAACCAAUCAGCGGAAGUCUUGCAUCAUGGCGUGUUUCCUGACAUUCCUGACACAUGAGCACUGAACAAAUCUCAAUCCUUACUCCCAAAGCAACUGAAAGGUAACCAGCAUACAAACACAUUACGCCUUUCAGGAGCUACUUUUUUGGAAUGUUAACUUGCACGUUUUCUUGGCUGAAGAAUGUGAUUGUACAGAACGAUGAGCAGUCUUCAGAUGAGACACUUGUAGGUCAAAUCUUAUUUGCCAAAAAGUUGCUGUGUAAAAAUUUUCUGGAAAAAUCUUUCAAGCAUGUGGAGAGUAGGUGUGAUGCUAUUGUUGGCAUUAUUGCUUAAGGAUUCAUUCCAAGAUUCAGGUUACAGAUACAAUGCUACAAAAAAUGCAACAUUUCAUCCAAAAACAUUUUCUGGAAGAAUGGUAAUGAUGAAUGAUACAGAGUUUCUAAAUUUAUCCAUCCACCAGCCUGUUUUAAAUGUCAGUAAUAAAGUUUUCAACCACACUGCUGGAUUUCUGAGCACUAGAAUUAUCCCAACUUGCUAUGUUUUGGCAAUCCUUAUUGGAAUCCCCUCCAAUAUCUUUGUGCUGGCUUGCCUCAGUGGAAAAAGCAAACUUUCCGGUGGUAUCCUGUACAUCAGCCUGGCAGGUUCUGACCUUCUCCUACUAGUUUCCCUCACACUUCGGGUGCAUUAUCACUUUAACAACAACAGCUGGGCCUUUGGAGAGCUUGCCUGCAAGAUAGUGACUGCCUGCUUUUAUGGGAACAUCUACUGCUCCAUACAUGCCCAUAUGUGCAUUAGUUUAAUGCGCUACCUUGCAGUGGUUCAUCCAUUCCUGUACAGGGGACUUUCCAAAAGAUACUGCGCAAUCUGGGCCAGCUUAAGCGUUUGGGUGGUUUUUGCUAUUGCACUGACACCGGAGUUUCUGGUUCAACAGACCUACCGCAUUUCAGGGCAGAACAUCAUAACGUGCCACGACGUCCAGUCAUAUGAUGAAAAAUCUUACUUGAUUCCAUACAGACUGAGUCUCAUCUGCCUGGGAUUCAUCUUACCGUCACUAGUUAUCAUCUUUGUUUACGGAUCUAUCCUUCAUCAUCUCAAUCGUUCCAGACGUGACUGGAAUCACUACAUCAAGGCCAGCACGCUGAUGUUUGGGAUAUUUUUACUGUGUUUUACACCAAGUAGCAUAAUUCACUUUUUACACUAUGUGAGACUGUACACACAGGAUCAGGAUGACUUGUAUCAUUACUUCAGAGUAGCAGUAUGUCUUUGUUCUCUCCAUGGCUGUCUAGACCCCUUCCUCUCUUAUGUGUUAACAAAGACAUUAACUUCCCAACCCAAGUUUAGAUCUUUUAGAUGUGGACCUCUGAAGGCUUCAUCCAUUGUGCAAGGCCUGGUGGAUUUUAAAUAGCAGGAUGUUUAUGCUGCGAACCCUGCGAGGAGGACUUCCUAUUCUAAAACCAUCGAACGGUGGAUUGAGGAUGUUGUGGAUGUAAAUACUUCUCUAUGUGAGAGUCUAUUCAUAUUGUACAUAAGUGAAAGAAUUUGAAAAAACAUGUACACUUAAGAUCAAAUCAAAAUAAAACUACUGGGAGCAUGAGAAGUAUGUCUGCUGUCAGUUAUUUACACUUUUAAGAGUGUUUAAUUGUAUAACUCUGUGUAUAAUAAGGGAUCUGAAAAAGUCAAAGGCUUGGCUUACUGGAUAAAGAUCCAAAGGCAGAAAACCUACACGUGUCCUUAUACACUAUAUGAACAAAAGUAUUGGGAAGCCCCCUUCUAAAGUUUUUUUGAUUUGAUUUUAAUUUGACUGGUGUGUUUAAAGUUCUGACCAGGAUUUGAGCCAAACACUCAUCACCCAAACCCGUCAAUGACUUGUACACAGGGGUACAGUCAGAAAAAUGCCCUUCUAAACUGUUGCACAAAGAUGGAAACCAAAUUCUUUAAUAAGGUAUUGACAGGUGUAGCAUUAUUUUGUUUUGAUUGGAAUUACUGGAAUAGCUAAACAAGUUUUUAGGAGGGGGCCCAAUAGUUUUGUCCAUAUAGUGUAGAUGUUUCAAUGGUGUGGCACAUUAUUAUUA